GCGCCUAAAAAAAGCUUAGGGGAAGCUUAGUCUAGAUGUCCAUCCAGAAAGGCAAAUUUCUCAAUUUCACUUUCCAUGAGAAGAACCAGUCACAAAAAGCUAGUACUAGAAGCUUCCGUUAAUCCAUUUGUUAGUUGGGCGUUGACACUGCCCACUACUCAAUUAGUUGUGGCCAUCUGUCUUGAUAUUUGAAUAGCAACCUGGUCAACCCUCAAAGUAAAAUAAACAACACAGAAAGUCGAAACCCCGGACCUUUGACUUUUCCAAUGUCAACCCCCACUUAUUCAACUCCUCCCUAUAUAUACAUCUCCACACCACGAAUUCUCAAAUCCUGUAAAACACCAUUCGUAUUCCACGACUCCUUCCCUUCUCUUCUGCAGCUCCCCACCUCAAUUUACCUCUAGAAGCUUCUAGAAUCCAGAACGCGGGCAUGGGCAACGGCCUCUCCCCUUGCCUUUGCUCCCCUGCCGUGCACGGCGAGGAGGAAGCCGACGCGAGGCUGGUCUUCUGGGGCGGGCCGACGAGGCCCGCCGCCGCCUCUGGGCCGCGGCGGCCCAGGCCCACCACGGCCGGCGAUGUCACGGCGGAGGCCCCCGGCCACCUCGUCUGCUGCGGCGAGUCCUUCUUCAUCGGCCUCCCGGUCCCGGCCCUGCCCCCGGGCGAGCCGCUACUGGCGGGCCGGACCUACUUCGUGCUCCCCGCUGCCCGCUUCCCCUGCCGCCAGCCGCUCACGGCGGCCUCCCUCGCCUCGCUGUCGCCGGUGCCGGCCAAGGUGUCCCUGGCCGGCGGCGGGCCGUCCCCGUUCGAGUACGUCGCGGGCGACGACGGCAUGGCGCUCAUCAGGGUCCUCCCGGAGUUCAUCGAGAAGGCGAUCACUUGCGGCGGCAAGAGCGCGGCCGCGGCGGCCGGUCAGCUGUGCAGCACGCCGGAGCUGAGGAAGCACUACAUGCAGCUGGUGGGGACGAGGCAGCAGCGGCCGUGGUCGCCGGGGCUCGAGACGAUAUCGGAGGCGCGGAAGAGGAGAGGGAUGCCGUCCCCUGUUAGGCUCGUCGGGCUGGCAAGGGCUUCAAGAUAGCAUCAACAGCCGGCCGCAUUUUAGUGUUCGAUACUCCGAUAUUCAUACUGAGGAGGAAGAUUCAACUUGUAUAGAUAAGGAGAUGGGUAGAGAAAUCUGAUUUUUAGCGCUAGUUUAAUUCAAUUUUCAACUGGAUAAUACACUUGAUGGAAAUGAAGGAACGAAUUGACCGCA